ACGAGACAACAAGAAAAGAACCCAAGACGUAUCAUCAUUCAUCACAAUCAACUAACUUUAUAGUGAAUAAACAUAGUGUCAGCGAUUGCUUGCAGCAAGGUGAUUAACCUCUUCGUGUGAUAUCAAUGUAAAAGCUUUAGGCCUAUUAAUUUUUCUCAUGCAUAUCCGUUGUUUACAACAUUGGUUUGGUUACUAUGAUCCUCACAUAGACUUGGUAACAAAUAUUAACUUAAUAAGUUAACUUAGUGCCAAAAAAUGGAUGAUGGUCAUGAGAUUGAAAGUCUGGAUAGUUCUUACCCUUAUCAACCAAGUAUGGACAGUGUUUUGAGUACUAUUGAUAAUGCAAGGCAUAAUGGCAACUCUGUGGCAGGAGGGAAUGAUGAAAUAACAUCAAGUACAUCCAGUUCUAGUGAUUCGAUUGCUGGCCUAGUUAUAUCAGAAAGAGGAGAGUCAAGUCGCCUAGCUGCUGUCUUCUUACUGGUGAACGCUGCUUUAGGAGCUGGCCUUCUCAACUUUCCUCAAGCAUUUGACCAAGCAGGAGGGAUUACUGUAGCACUUCUGGUCCAGUUGGUGUUGGUCUGUUGUGUAUGUUUUGGCCUACUCGUCCUAGCUCACUCCUCAUGGCACGUACAUGCAGCCACUCUUUACGACACGGUCGCAGGAACUUGUGGCUCUAAGGGAUCUCUUCUUUGCUCACUGCUGAUCGCACUUUACUGCUUUGGAACUUGUGUCACCUUCCUUAUCAUUAUUGGUGAUCAGUUUGAUCGAGUCCUUAUGUCUUUGGUCGGGCCUAAUUUCUGCCACACUUGGUUUAUGAAUCGUCAGUUUACCAUUACUGCCUCAUCAGCCAUAUUCAUCCUUCCUUUGUGCUACUCGAGGAAAAUUGACUUCUUGAAAUAUGCAAGCUCGCUUGGUGUUUUGGCGGUGUUGUACGUCGUGGGCCUUGUUGUGGUCCAACAUUACACCGGAGAUUUUAUCCCAGGCCCCAUCAAAACAUCUCCCACCCACUGGACAGAUGUGUUCUAUGUUGUCCCGGUCAUCUGCUUUGGCUAUCAGUGUCACGUGAGUGUGGUACCAAUCUACUCGUGCAUGCGAGAUCGACGAACCUCCUCAUUCACCAUCGUGGUGGUGACUACACUGGUGAUCUGCGGACUUGCGUAUAGUCUGACAGGGACUUACGGCUACCUAACGUUUGGCAGUCAUGUGUCCAGCGACAUUUUACAAGACUACGGAGCAGAGAAAGUGGCCGUGCUGGUUGGAAUUGUGGCCAUUGCAGUGAAGACAGUCACCACCUAUCCAAUACUGCUGUUUUGUGGAAGGGAAGCAGUGACUAACGUGUGGUGUGGCAUCAUACAUGAUUGGGACCCCUGUAAGGAGAAGCUGCGCCGGAUAGUCAUAUCAUCAGUAUGGCUCAUAGCUACUAUCUUGCUGGCAGUUGUAGCGCCGGGUAUCGGUAUUGUCAUUGAUGCCCUUGGAAGCCUGGCAGCAGUGUUUAUCUUCAUCUUCCCAGGCCUCUGUCUGCUUCAAACCUGUCUGAAGAGAGAUCCAUGUUUGAUGGCCGCACGUAUGCAGUGGUAUGUCACCAUCGCCGUCGUCUUCGUAGCUGUCGGAACGUUUGUUUUAGGAGUCGUCCUGGUGCAGACAUUGGAACGAAUGUUCUCCCCUGAACCUGAAUUUGCUCUCUGUACCUGAUCUGAUCAUUGUUAAGCUUGCUCAAUGUUAUUUAUAGUGGAUUUACAGGACAUAUCAACAGUUUGAACAUGUUGGAAGUUAAAAUAAGAAGGUUACAAUACCUGCAGACUGCCUAUAGUGGUCCUUAAAUAUCCAACAGGCAUAACCACUAUAGGCAGUCUUCAGGUAUUGUAACCUUCUUAUUUCGAUUUGCAUGAAGUGGCCUAGAAAAACAACUAGAACAUGAAAUGUUGGAAGUUCUCUAGCACUUGUUGAAUUAGUCGAGAGAAAGUUUACAUCCUCGCUGCGUUCAGUUUUGACUGCACAUUUUUUAUUGGAUUUGUUAUCUUAUAAUGAUCCCUGUUCUUUAUUUGAUGUCACAAAGAAACAAGAUCAAUUAAGUGAUAAUUUUAAAGGAAUAAAGGUAAUAUAAAUAAAUAGAAAACAUCAUAGAACUUGAGCUGCCCUAGACAAAACAUAAUAUAACAUUUUCUUCAGCAAAUCCAUCAGGAUUGUAAAACUACAAGGGAGUACGUUUAAUUUAUGAUCAAGUGAGUGAUAAAAGCUAGUAAAUGGUGCUUAUUUCUUUGUUUGCCUCUGUAGGCAAGUUGUAGACAAGUUGGGUUAGUGACACAUAGUACAGAUAUGAUAUUUUUGAAUAGCUCUUCUGGGGGAAAUAGUCCAUUUAAAAAAUACAUUUUGAAGAUAUACUUUAUCAAACAAAACUGUGGUUUGGUUUAAGUUUGACAUAAAAACAAAUUUAAACAUUUGAUUUUAUAGUCAUUUAUUGAAUUUGUUACUUUGGGCCUACAUCUUGCUUCCAUACCUAGUUUAUUUUUGAGUCCAGUAAACUUUUAGUGUUUUUACAUCCAAGUAGCUUUAUCAACAAAAGUAUAAUGUGAUGUUAAGGAAGUACAAUAAAAGUUAAAAAGUUAAUUUCAUGUGCAAUGAACAUAUUAAUAUAACAUCUUAACUAUGACAUGUUAUGAAAAAAUCACAACAUUUGCAAAACUAUUUAACCUUAAUUUUUACGGUUGUACCAUUUUGUUAUAAGCUUAAAGAGCCAUAACAUACCUAAUUUAAACCAAUAUAAUUUUAUAAGAAAAUCGCCAUUACCAAUCAAAAUUUUCAAAAAUGAAAAUGAUCGCCUUGAGAUAGUCUACUAUACAUACCUCGUACAAAAUGUCAUCAAAAUCAGACCACAGCUCUGUAGCCUGUAGCUAUUAUUACUUACAGCUUUACUAUAAAGCUUUAUAUUUUAAAAAGCUUAAACUUUUUUCUUAUAUGAAUAUGCUUCUUAUUUUAUUGAAUCAGUUUGAAUUGAUGAUUGAAUUGUUUGAAUUGAUUGUUGAAUUUAUGUUUGAAUUGUGUAUCAAAUGCUCGUUUUGGGAGUAAGACUGAGAUGUAAUAUAAAUGGUAGUGUGUAGUGUUAAAACAAAAACAAAAUCUUGGCUGUGUAAUAGUUUUGUUUUGACUAAAAAGGGCUUAGAAGUAGGGAUAUCCUGGUAGGAAAAUUAUUUCCUAGUUUAGUAAUUUUAUGAAUACAUUGUUUGUUACAUUUUAACUGUUAAAGUUACCAUUCUCUUUGCAAUACUCAAUAUGUGUUAUGUUACAUUACAAGUAACAAAAUAAUGUGUUUUUCUUUUUUAAACUCUGAACAUUCCGAAAGUAUAACCCUAAAUUUUAUUUUAUAACCUUUUGUCUUGGGGUCAACAAUUUUGUCUGUAAUAUAAGAAAUAGUAAUUAGCCUACAUAAUGUUUAAAAUUCACCUGAUACUUAAAUAUUGUAUUAUAUUGAAAUACAUAAAUUUAUUUAUAUUUAGACUGUCAACUGUUGUGGUCUUGAAACUUUUUAAAGUAUAUGAAGGUUAAUCUGAAAUGUUUGAUCAAUAAAAAUAAAAAAAUUGUUUUUUUUUUCUUAAAAGGUGUGGUACCGGUAUUCAAAAUGUUGAUGUAUAGAUUUCUUGGUGUUGAGAAAUCAAUCUUUUAAUUUGCAUCUUUAAUUUAAAAACAAAAUGAAUCAAUGUAAGAAUGUUAAAAUAUUGUAUAUCUAAUUAUAACCAUUCUGAGAAAAUGUAUAAAACUGUAAAAUUUGUUUAUUUUUAAUAUAAUAGAAGAUGUUUGUAGCCUAUGUAUAUUUUUUUAUGAAAAAGAUAUUCUUAAAAAAAAUUGUUAAUUUUAGUUUUCACUCAGCAAGAAGGUAUGCAGUGGAAAUUGUAAUAUUAUUGUUAUCAAUACUGGUACUUUUGUGAUUACACCUAAUUUGUGACCAAUAACUGUGAAAUAAAUAUUUAUUUAGUUA